CAGAUAUUCUUACGUCACACUUGGCUGCGGCGUCGUGACGUCAGGUCAGCUGAUCUGUGCCCGGAGCGAGGAGAAAGAUGUCGCCGACGAGCUGUCGAAGGAUGGAGGCUGUUCUCUCUGUGGCGUUCGCCCUCUGCUGCCUCACUUCAACCGGUGUACAUGGGGACAGCCUAACUGUGCUGCAGGCUCCGGAGUUUGUGUCCUUUCAGAAAGGAGACUGGCCUGUGUCCGGAGAGAAGAUUCCUGACCUGGUGGCUGUAACCAUGGGUUUCUCUGUGAAGGAGGAUCUGUCCUGGCCAGGCCUCCGGUCUGGUCCGUUGUUCCAGCGUCCCCGGGCGAACGUGCUGGUGGUGGUGAGAGGAGUCGAAAGUUUGGCCCUGCCCCAGAGUGUGGCCUCCUACCCCUUGGAAAAUCCAGUACCUUUCACCUUGGAUAGUGUUGCAGAGACGGUGCACUCUCUGUUUGCUGAGGACACCCCUGUAGUGCUGCAGCUGGCCCCUAGUGAGGAGAGGUUAUAUAUGCUGGGGAAGGCCAAUGCAGUGUUUGAGGACCUACCGGUCACCUUACAGCAGAUCCGUGCCCGUCUGUCCCAGGACGGCUCUGUGCUGGCCUCCCUGCCCCUCAACUCCCUCAGCAGAAACGCAGAGGCUGAUUUGCUCUUCCUGUCUGAGGUCCAAGUACUGCAUGAUAUCACAGCUCUUCUACAGAGACACAGACAUUUGGCUAAGGACCACUCCCCCGACCUGUAUUCUUUGGAACUGUCCGGCCUGGAGGAGCUGAGUCGGCUCUACGGCCAAGACUCCCCUCAGUACCGCGAUGCAACUGCUAUUCUCGCCUCUGUCCUGCAGAAGUUUGGAGAGGACGUGUAUGGUCUCUAUGGCAACAGUGCCGUCGUGGAGAUUGUCACGGUGAAGACGUUUGAGGCUCCUUUGACCAGGAAGUCCCGUUCGAUCCUGGAAUCCAAACAGAUCAGUAACCCAGGCAGCCCGUACAACCUGGCCUACAAGUACAACUUCCACUAUGCGGUCGUUUUCAACAUUGUGCUGUGGCUGAUGAUCGCCCUGGCCCUCGCUGUCAUCGCCGUCGCCUACAACCUGUGGAACAUGGACCCGGGAUAUGAUAGCAUCAUCUACAGGAUGACCAAUCAGAAGAUCAGGAUGGAUUAAGUCCUGACCAGCAUCAACACUCCUGCUGUCUGUCCUCAUAGACUUCUGUAGUGAAUGUUCGUGUUUUGUGUGAGGUUAGUGUUUAGUGAGAGAAAUGUGACCAUUUAAUGGGAGAAAAUGUGUAAUACUGAAUCAUCUCCUUGUUUACAGCACUGGCAUGAUAACAGACAAAAAAAAAAAUAUUAUUAGUGGUUUUCUCUUAAAUUAGCCUUCAUAAAGUGAUUAGAUAUCAUCCUUCACUGGUGUAUAUACUGACUAAAAUAUUCAGACGUCCAUCUUUCAGCCUCACAGCUCACAUCAUUCCUUAUGAUUUUAACUCCUCACCAACAAUGUUUAGCCCCCCCCCCCUCUGAUGACUACAAUUGUUUUUUUUGUUUUUUUAAUUGAAAAAGGAAAAAAACAAAACUAUUGUAAUGUCACGAAAGAAUGAGAUGUGUCUGUUUUUUUCUGUGUGCAGUUUUUGUGCUUGUCUUGAUGUGUGGAACUGUUAAGUUAAAUUAAAUCUAUAUGUAUAUAUUGAAUAUACAAAUGCAACUAUAUGAGAAACUGCUGUACUGUUAUUGUGAAAAAAUUUGUGUAGUGUUUAUUUCAGGUAGCGCCACGUACCUUGCUUCUAGUCCAAACGAUGUUGAAUUACUUCAAUACUUGAUCAUAAUGUUGGUUGUAAGGAUUGGAUAUGGAUACAUGAAGCACUGUAAAUUGCAAUAAAUUGCUUGAUGAUAAAUUAA